AUAAAGUGUUAAAAAAUAAUAAAGUAAAAAUGAGUGAAAAAAAUGAUAAAAAUAUUGAUGCAGCAAGUGGUUCAAUAGAAUCAUCGCUGCAGCCUCCACCGGCAACUCCAACAUCAACAAAGCCAUCAGAGACUACUGUGCCACCAACUUCAAACUCAAGUGCAACUACUCCAGCAUCAUCAGUGACGGGCGUGCCGCCUAGUCGCAUGAAAGCGCCUACAAAUUUUGGCGGUUCAUCAUCAUCGGUUUCAAAAAUUGGCCGACCUUGUUCGCAUGCCACACCAAAAGCUGGUCCACCACCAAGAGAUACAAACAGCAUGAGUCGUGAAAGCGAUGACAAUUUGAGUUCCAUCAAUUCUCAGUACACAGAUCAUGGCUCUAUUUUGACACACGACACAGAACAGUUUAUAAUUGGCCAGAGAGUUUGGGUUGGUGGCAUACGUCCGGGACAAAUAGCCUACAUUGGUGAGACACAUUUUGCACCCGGCGAAUGGGCAGGUGUUGUAUUGGAUGAUCCUAGUGGUAAAAAUGAUGGUUGUGUUGCUGGUAAACGUUAUUUCCAAUGUGAACCGAAAAAGGGUAUAUUUUCCCGUCUAACACGUCUUACCAUGGCACCUUUGCCAGGAGCUCAAACGCCUACAUCACCAUUAUCAAAACAUUCGCCAGAUCGUUCACGUACAGUAUCGCCCACAGCCAGUAUACGCAGUUCUUUCUUACGUAGUCCAGGAAAAAAUGGUUUGACCGUGGGUGAUCGCGUCAUUGUUUCAUCUGGUUUUGGCAGUCGUCCUGGAAUUCUGCGUUAUUUGGGUGAAACACAAUUUGCAUCUGGAAAUUGGUGUGGCAUUGAAUUGGAUGAGGCCAGUGGCAAAAACGAUGGCUCCGUUGACGGUAUUAGAUAUUUCGAAUGUAAAGCCAAAUAUGGUGUUUUUGUGCCAAUUGCAAAAGUCUCCCUAUCACCGUCAUCUAAAAAGUCUCGCCUAUCCCGAACAGGAUCCCGUGAAUCUCUUACUUCCAUUGGCACCAUGAACAGCAUUGCUACGACAAAUACGUCACGUUUGCGCUUGAAUGCUCAGCGCAAAUCGUCGUCAUUAAAACCCGUUGCUGUUACCACACCAAAAAGCCAAUUUUCUAUGCAGGAUUUAUUACGUGAAAAACAACAACAUAUUGAACAACUUAUGAUCGAACGAGAUUUGGAUCGUGAGGAUUCACAGAAUACAGCUUUACAGUACCAGAAAAAUAUCAAUGAGCUUAAAACUUAUAUCGCUCUUUUGGAGCGUCAGUUGAGUGAGGAACGUAAAAAGGCCGAAGAUUUACAGUUCUCAAUAGAUGAGGCCACAUUUUGUGGUGACGAAUUAAAUGCUCAAACCCAAGUUUACAAGGAGAAAAUUCAUGAAUUGGAGACCAAAAUAAAGGACUUGACAUCUGGAAAAAUUACAUCAGAGGAAAUUACUGCGACGGCAAGUGCGGAAGUUGAUGAAUUAAAAACCAAAUUGCGCGAACAAACUCAACAAUUUGAGUCUCAAAUUGCUGAAAACCAGGAUGAACUGCAACGUUUACAGGAAAACAUUAAGUACCUUAAAGAUCAGAAUGAGUCAUUGCAAAAAGAACUUGUGGCAAAGGAUGAGAGCCUGGAAAAAUUCUCCUUAUCAGAGUGUGGCCUCGAAAAUAUGCGCAAAGAGUUGACAGUUGUUAAAGAAGAAUAUGAAAAGGAGCGUCAAAUAGUUCAGGCAGAUUUCAGCACUAGACUGGAGGAAAAAUCACAAGAAAUUAAACGUCUAUUCGAUGAAAAUGCAACAAUUAAAAAAUCCUUGGCAACUAUUGAGACUGAACGAAAUUAUUUGGAUGAUGAAUGUCGAAUACUACGUGAUGAAUGUAAAACUCGCAGUACCCAUGUGGAGGAAAUUAACAAUCAAUUGGCCAAGAUAACUGCGGAAUUAGCCAUUAAACACGCAGAAUGUGUGACAUUAGACGAAUUGGUCAAGGCCCAACAGCUUGGCAAGGCGGAAGAACAAUCUCAACUGGAAGAAAAGAUUCAAGAAAUUUCUAAACUAAAACAAGACGUUGUAAAAUUACAGGAAACGAAGAACACACUCGAAACUAAUCUCAAACAAGCACAAGAAGAACUGAUAAAGCUGGCCGAACUACAAAGCAGCUUUGAAACGAAACUUAAAGAAGCGCUGAGUCAAGAUCAGGAAAAAAACACAGCCAUGGUUGUUUUGGAAGCAUCUCUGAAUGAAUUGCGCUUAGAUUGCGAAAAGGUUCAAAGUGAAAACAAACAGCUAAAUGACACCAUUAAAAGCUUGCAGAGUGCUAUUGAACAUGAGAAGGCCUCUAAAGAAUCGGUCACUAAGACACUAUCGGAAAAUGAAUCUUCUUUGGCUGAAUGCAAUAAAAAUUUAGAAAUAGCUCAGGGAACUGUUGAAAAACUUAAAAAAGAGUUAGAGGAGACGUUAAAGAAUCAGCAGGAAAUAAUCAAUGAUAAAACUAAUGAAAUUCAAUUUCUAAAGGAACAACUAGGAAAAUUGCAAGAAAAAACUGCGACCCUUGAAGGUGAAUCCUCAAUUACGGUUCAACAAUUAAGUGCCAAAAUUAACCAAUUAGAAAGCCAAAAUAAAAGACUUGAAGAGGAUUUAAGAAACUCUACGAAUACGAUUGAAGAUCAACGUCAAAAGUCCAUCCAACAAGAUGAAGUGAUUACUUCAAAAUCAUCCGAGCUUAAGUCAACCACUACGGCCUUGGAAACCACAUCAAAAUUAUUGGAAAAGCUUAAAUUAGAACACGAAGCAUCCCUGGCUAGAAGGCAAGAAUUAGAAGACGAAGUUAAGAAAAUCGAAGAGAAAAGCGGUCAACAGCAAUUAGAUUUAGGCGAUUUAGCCCGCAAAUUAGAAAGUUCAAAUGCUAAAUGUGACAAUCUGACAUCACAGAAUGAAACAUUACAACAGGAAAUAAUCGCUGCCCGUACAUCCAGCUCAACCGUCCACAACGAGGUAAAAAAACUUAAUGAAGAAAUUCAAAAUAAACAAAACGAAAUUUCUAAUUUGAUCAGUAGCCAUGAUAAGGAACGCAUUGAGAUGACAGCUCAACUGGAAGAGCUACAACAAAAGUUAACAAAUAGCAUCAAAGACUUCAAUGACCUCAAAGAUGUUGUCCACAAAUCAAAAGAAGAAAUCAGCCAAAAAAUGCAACAGAUCACAGAACUGGAGGAGAAGACCAUCAAACAAGAACUUCUCCUUAGCGACAAUCAAAGGCACAGAGACAACUUGCAAACCAAAUACGAAUCUUUGGUCAAGCAAAACGAGUCAUUGCAACAAGAUUUAACCACCCUUCGUACUACCAGCACCGAUUCAAAUGCGGAGCUCCUCAAACUCUCACAAGAAAUAGCAAACAAGCAGAAAGCUUUCGAAGAACUUAUGGAUAAAUCUAGUGGAGAGCGUGUCACUUUAGAAAGCCAAUUGCAAGCUAGUCAACAGCGAAUCGACGGCAUGUGCAGUCAAGUAGAAAUUCUAACGAAUGAACUCAAAAAUAUCACAGAAGAAAGUUUCAAUCGGUAUGAACUUCUUAAACAGGAGCAGGAGAAAUGUGGCAAGCAAGAACUGGAGAUGGCAGAUCUGCAUCGUAAACUUGACAGCUUUGUUAUCAAGUGCGAUAGUUUGGAGGAACAAAACAAAGCUCUACAAAACGAUCUAAAUGCUCUACGUCAAGGAUCAGCCGGCUCUAAUGCUGAAAUUGUUAAACUUACAGAAGAACUGACCAACAAACAAAAACUCUUGCAGCAGCUCACAGAUAAAUCCAAUGAUGAACGUAUUUCACUAGAAAGUCAAUUGCAAGAACUCAAACAAAGCCUUCAAUCCCAACAAUCCGAAAUGGAAAGUUUGCGUAAUGAGCUAAAGUCGGUUGAAGAUGCCAAAAGAGAUCAACUGACAGAAUUCGAAAUUGCGAAAAAAGAACUAGAAGCUAAAGCUCAAGCUGAAGUAAACGAACUUAAAGCUGCGCAGACUGCAAAACAACAUACAAUUAUUGAGAGCUUCGAGGCUCAACUCAAAAACUCCGAACAAUCUAAAACAUCACUCGACGAGGCAAUCAGUAGUCUUCAGAAACAAAUUCAACUUUUGCAGGAUGAAUUGCUUAAAUCUCAAUUGGACUUUAAGGCAAAAGAGACCGAAAUGCAAAAACAAAUUGAGGCUUACAAAGCGGAGAAGGAACAACUACAUAACAAUUUGCAGAAAACACAAAACGAAGGAUCGUCAGCGUUAACAAAUUUACAAGAAGAAAAUUCAAGACUUUUACAAAACAUCGAGAAGCUAACGCAAGAACUUAAGGAGAAAGAAAACUCAUUUGUUAAAGUUCACAGUGAAGCCGAGCAACUGCGUAUUAUGCAAUCAAAUACCAAGUCCGAACUUGAAUUGCAAAUGCAAAAACUUCAAAAUGCUCUCGAGCUUACGAACGCCGAUUGUGAACAUAAAACAAAACUGGUCGAAGAAGAUAAAAGGAAAAUCGAUGAUCUUAAAGCCAUGCUGGAGGCCCUCAAACUUUCCAACGAACAAAUAUCUGCAACCAACGCGGAACUCUCCGCUGCUUUGGAAAUUCUAGAACAAGAAAAAUGCGAAACUGCCAACAUAUUUGAACUCUUCGAAAUGGAAUCGGAUCAGAAUAUGGAAAAAUUAAUAGAAAAAUUAUCCAGCCUAAAACAAGAACUUUCUACUACCCAAGAGCUAUUACGCACAAAGGAGAGUCAGCUCGAAGAAAGACAGCAACAGUUCAGCUCAACUGAUUCAACGCUACAAAAUACUCAAACUUCACUAAAUGAAGCCCAAAGCAGUAUUCUCGAAUUGAGAACUCAACUGGACCAAUCACAACAGGCCAACGAAGAACUUCGAACUCUACAACACGAAUCAGAAGAAAAACUAAAGCAGCAAGAAGAUUUAGAGUUCCAACUUGCCGAAUAUAAGAAAAUGGUAGAUGAGAUGGACGAGACUUCAUCUGAAAAAUCGACUCUACUGCAAAAACUACAAACUCAUAUCGCUCAAUUGCAGCAAGAAAAGUCGAAAUCAAUUGAAACAGAACAAGCCUUAAAAAUUGAAUGUUCGAGUGUGCAGCGAAAACUCGAAUUGAUGGAAAUGGAGAAAACCAAGGAAAUCGUAAAUUUAAAGCAACGUAUUAACGAUUUACAAUCGAUAAGCAAAUUGAAACAAAAUGGUGCCGCUGCAGAUAAUUUCGGAUUAGAGGGAUUAACUGCGGAUGAAAGCACGGCCCAGAUAAAUUUCCUUAAUUCGAUAAUUGCCGACAUGCAAAAGAAGAACGACACAUUGAAAGCGAAAAUAGAGGCUUUGGAGGCAUUACCUACAGAUUUUACUAAACCGGCAGCUUUUGAUCUAAUCGCCAAGAGAAAACCGGCACCUCGUGUAUUUUGUGAUAUCUGUGAUGAAUUCGACAAACAUGAAACCGAAGAUUGCCCUUUGCAAGCAUCAGAUGAUCGAGAUUACUCACCAACACCCACAAACGAGAAAAACAAUAAUGAUCGCAAGGAACGAAAACUUCCAGAACCUAGAAAAUAUUGUGAAUCAUGUGAAGUAUUUGGACACGAAGCUGGAGAAUGUGAUGAUGAAUGUUAUUAAUAACACACGAGUACCGAGUGAUUUCUAUUUACUACUAAUUUAACUAAUUUUAUGUUAUAAUUUCUUUAAUUUUAAUUUAUUGUAUUUUAUGUUUUGUCAAAGCAGAGGAAACUUUCAUUCUAAAGAUAUUUAUUGUGAUUAUUAAGAAAUUUUUUAAUGUUUCCUUUAUAUCCUUGCAAGGAGCCUUAUUUUUGUACUAACUACAAUAUUAAAUGUGUAUGUAAUUUAGAAACUGAUUGUUAAUUAUUUAAUUUAUGUUUAAAUGCUUAUUGUCCAACUUGCUUUCAUUUUUAUAAACUACGUAUACAAAUAAUGAUAAAUUUAUGUUUUCUUUUUCGAAUUAUAAAAUUUUAAUCAAUAAAAUACUAAUUUAUUUGUUAGAUAAAUUUUCAAAUACAAUUGUAAUUAAUUAUAAUCAAACAAUCUA